UCACCCUGGAAGCGCUGCUGGACUGUCACCUCACACCAGUGCCCUGCUGACCACUGACCACCAUCCCCUCCUGUCCGCUCCAGGAUGGCUGUGCCACCCUCCAUCUACCCCCGUCGCCUCCUGCCCCUCUUCCUGGGGCUUUUCCAGGGCACCCUGCUCCUCUUCUUUGCCCUCUUCGUCACCUAUGAUGAGCCCUCGGCGCAGGCAGAGGAUACCAACUUGGUUGCCAACCAGGUCUACAGCACCUUUCCCUUUUUCCAGGACAUCCAGGUGAUGCUGGUGGUGGGGCUGGGACUCCUCCUGGCCUUCCUGCCCCACUAUGGGUUCAGCGCCUUCACCCACAACUUCCUCCUGCUCAACUUCUCCAUGCAGUGGGCGCUGGUGCUGCAGGGCCUGCUCCAUCACUUCCACCACGGCCAGAUCCACCUGGACCUCCACAAACUCCUCAUCUCUGAGUUUGCUGCUGUGACAGUGCUCAUCUCCGUGGGGGCCAUCCUGGGGAGGGCCAGCCCCUGCCAGCUGCUCGUCAUGGCCACCUGUGAGAUCCCCAUCUACCUCGCCAGCGAGUGGGUCAUCGUCACCUGUCUGGGCGUUCUGGAUGUGGGCGGCACCAUCACGAUCCACGUCUUCUCCUGCUAUUUCGGCCUUGGUGUGUCCAAGGCUCUGUUCAGGGCAACACAGCAGCCACUGCACCCCAAGGAGACCCCAACAGCCAGCUCUGACCUCAUGUCCCUGGUGGGGACACUCAUCCUCUGGGUUUUCUGGCCCAGCUUCGUGGCUGUCCUCUGCCAACCGGGCGAUGCCCAGCACCGCGCCAUCCUGAACACCCUCCUGGCCAUGAGUGCCGGUGCCAUAACCACCGUGGUGGCCUCCAGCCUGCUGGAGAGGGACGGCAAGCUCAGCCCCGGCCACCUGCAGAACGGCAGCCUGGCCGGCGGGGUGGCCAUCGGCGUGGUGGCCGACAUGGCCAUGCCACCAGUGGCCGCUCUUGCCCUGGGCAGCCUCUCGGCCGUGGCCUGUGUCCUCGGCUUCAGGUUCCUCAGCCCGCUCCUGCGGAGGAAGCUCACACUCCACGACCAGUGUGGCAUCCACAACCUCCACGGCUUGCCCGGCAUCCUCGGAGCCACAGCCAGCGUCGUGGCCGUCCUGGUGGCAUCCAAGGACACCUCUGGGCCCCAACCCUCUCAGCUGUCCCCCGCUGGGGGCAAUGCCAGUGAGGUGGUGGAGGGACAGAGGGGGGUGGCUGGGCAGGCGCUGUGCCAGGCAGCGGGGCUGGCGGUGGCCGUCGGUGCCUCGCUGCUCGCCGGGCUGCUCACCGGUGCCGCUCUCCGGCUGCCCUGCCUGGCCCGGCCACCCGAGCGGCUCUGCUUCGAUGACUCGCUUUAUUUUAAGAUCCAGGAUGAGGCUGAGAGCCCAGAGCCGGACAACAGCGCAGAGGAAGGAGCCCUGGCUCUGAAGGAGCAGGUUUAGGCAGUGGCGUGUGCACAGCAGCAGGGAGGGCCAGGGAAUGUUACCGGCAGGACCAGCAGGCAGGAGAUGCUGCCUGCACUCACUCCUGCCCCGUGCCUGGCUCUGGCUGUUGAGGAUCCCGGUAUAACUGGAUCGGCACCACAGCACUGGUCACCUCUCCACCCUCCCACGCUGCGGCUGCAACCCCCACCCCAUGUCCCAGGGGCUCCCAGCACCCGCUCACUCCCAGCAGCAGCCAGAGAAACGACCUGCGCAAGGUGUCUCCCCUAGGAUGGUUAAUCGCCCCCGACAAACCCAGACGGCCUCUCUGCUUCGGCUGCUUCACUCUCAGCGAGCGGCAUCACCUUUGGUGCUCACCCCGACCCUCAGCUCCAGAUUCCCCUGCCCACAAUGGGCAGCACUGGAGGAGGCUGCCAGCUCAGGCCACAGCUACAGGAAAGCUACAGGGAUCUGAUAACCUCAGCUGAACAAUUCACCCUCCAGGAGAGUUGGUAAAGGGAAGCGUCAACUCUUUUUAGCACUGGUGUGCAGCAAUGAGGAUGCAGCCCAAGCACGGCGAGGAGCCUCGGAGAGAGCCAGGAUGCAGGAGGCACCAGCAGACCACAGCACCCUCAUCCCACCCCGAAGCUGGAGCUCGGAAAGCUGCGCCAGCAUCCCAGGAAGAGCAGUGGCCCCAUCCCAUCCCACCACGGGCAGCGAGCCGCUUCCACCCUGCGGAGGACAAAGCCUGCGGUCCAUGGCUGGCAUGCGGCAAGCUGGGAGCGCGGGGCCGCAUCCUGCCCGGAGAGCGAGGGCUGUGAUUCACAUCCCCCCUGCCAUGAAUCACCGCUGCCCCUGCGCCCCCACCGAGCCCGCUGCUGCCGAGACAAUGCGGGCCAUGCUCAAGGGCUCCCGAGGGGGUCGAGGCCACCGAGCCCCCCAGCUCUGGCUGCGGGAGUGGGGGGCUCUCGGCGCGGUUGGGGGUCCCCAACCCUGAGCGGGUGGGAGAGGCGCUGGAUCCCUUCCACCCGGUGCAGCCCCAGGCGGAGCCAACACCAAGAGGGAGAGAGGCUGGGGAAUUCGCCCUCCAAUAAUCACAAACAGGCUUGGGGGCCCGGGCGUGUUUGGUUAAUUGUUAGAAUAAAAUAUUGCCGAGCUCUGACAAAGAAAUCCUGCCCCGCAGCCCGGCGCGGCCGAACAAUGGGCCCCGGCGCAGGAUGCUGCGGGCUGAGCAGUGGGGCCAGGGGCCUUGCGGGCGGGAGGCAGCUCGGUUCUCCCUUCCCCAGACGAGCUCCAUGGGCCCCCCAUCUUCU